AUACAGCGAGAAUCAUUGCGCUUCCAUCUGUUUCACUCUUUGUCCACAAAGUGCGAGUUGGUUCUAGAUUUUGGCCGGCUUUUGCUUCAAAUAAAACUUUUCAAUUAGGCAACUCUUAGUGCUGGUGAACGAAAAUUUGUAACAGACUAUCGGAAAGUACUGUAAGAAGAACAAACACACAACGUUGCAAAGGUCCGCAAACUAUGAACCAGGAGGAUUACCCGAGCGACAGUGAUGCCAGCGAUGAAGACUUCCGCCCGGACAAAGAGGUAGAAACCGGAAGCGAGUUAGAUUCGAACGACGAGGAACAGGAAGAGUGCGGUGAGCAAUUGGAAGGCAAAUCGUCCAACGGAGGUGGUGCAAAGCGCAAGCGAAAAUCAGUUCCAACCAGCAGGAAAAAGACAAAGGCAAAUGAGAAGGAGGUGAAAGCUCACGAGAAAGCUCACCGAUCCGAUGAGGAAAAGGACGAAGAGUUAGAUGAGGAGGAAGAGAAGCGAAGGACCGAUGCGUUGUGGGCGGAUUUUCUAGGCGGUGGUGGCAGUAGUGCGACCAGCUCUAGCACCAGCAGCACCCAGCAAGCCAACGGUGCCACUUCCACCCGCACCAGCAAACCGAGCGUGGAGGUGAAAAAGCCCGUUACGGAGGUUAAAUCCUCACCCAGGCCAAAGCUGUUUGAAUUCGCCGGUGAACAGAUCGUGCUGACCGAAGAGGGAGGCAGUAAGAUUUUAGCUAGUGCCGAGAGUGAAAAGUCCUCUACGGUGUCCACACGACCGGCGGCACCGAAAUCGACCAUUCCUUCGCGCAGUUCCUCCGGCGGAUUGGGGGCAGUAUUAAAUCAACUCAGUAAGAAAAACCAGCUGAGCACGCUGGAGAAAACGAAGCUCGAUUGGACGAGCUUCAAGCGGCAGGAGGGCAUCGAGGAGGAGCUGCAAACGCACAACAAGGGCAAGGAAGGGUUUCUGGAGCGGCGCGAUUUCCUGGAGCGUACCGAUUUGCGUCAGUUCGAGAUAGAGAAAUCGUUCCGGCAAACGAAGCGAAGUAAUCGAUAAUUACCAUCACGGUGAGUGCAUUCAAUUCCAGCAUCGAUUCAAUUCCGGUUUUUUUAAAUGAUUGCAGUACGUACUCCGUAACAUGCAAAAUCCUGACCCUACUGUAUCUGUCUCUGCAUACCGAUUUAAGCAAAAAGGAUUCGUUACCUUUUUUCUAGAUGGUGACAGCCUUUCUCAAAUUGUUGUGACAUAGUCUGGCAAAAAAGAUUCAAACAAACUAAACUGACACUUGCAAGAAAGUGAAUUAUGUCACCAAAUUUCGAGAAAGGAUGUUCCCGUCUUGAGAAAAAGUAAACAAAAAACCUUGUGCUCAGUACUAUAUUAAGACUCAAAUGCUGACCCAUCUUUGUACUCGCGUGUAACUGGGAUUAGUAAUCAAUAUUGUGUUUGUCUCUCCGUACCGAUCUAGUAUAAAUAGAAUUAAGCAUUAUCAGUUUACAUUCAACCCAUAGUGAUGUAGAAAAAGCUCUCCUAUAUAUAUUCUAAACAACCACAAAACAAGCUGACCAAUAAAAAUGCUAUUUAAAUUAAAAUUA